AUGUCAAAACUAACUCUAGUCCUCGCCCUUCUAUCCGUUUUACUUGCUGUGACACUUGCUUGCAAGUGUAAAGAGCAAUCCACGAAAGAAUCAUUCUGCAAUGCUCAUUGGGUAUCUCAUGUUAAAGUUAAAAUUCGUGUUGGAAAGCAAGGACUUCCAGAAGGAUCUGAGAGAAAGGGAUUGAACAAUCUCAGAUAUACUGUUCAGCAUGUCGAAGUUUUCAAGAAGCCAUCGAACAUGACAACUCUUCCUAACGAAAUCUUCACUCCAUCCGAAUCCCCAGCUUGUGGUCUCACCAUUGCUGCUGGUCAUGAAUACCUUCUUGCCGGACGUGUCGAGGGACCAAAUGCUUUGUAUACCGUUCUUUGCGGUCAAGUACUCCCAGAUGACAGAUCACAAACCUCCUACGAGAAUGUUCUUGAAUGGAAAAAUGUUCCACAAUCACUUCAGACCCAAAUCAAGACUAUCAAGUGCUAG